AUGGCUCCGAAGAGAUCAGCGGACGAAACGAAUCAAGGCGCGCAGAUGCCUGUCAGCCCACGUAGCAAUAGCAGUGUUCACGGAGACGACGCGAUCCUAAAGGUCGACAGCCCCAGCGAGAAGCAAAUCGCGGAACUCGUUGCUUCGGAGAGUGCGCUUAUGGACUCGGCCGACGACCUGGACAUGGAUGACGAGGAAGCUGUGGAAGAUGAGGACCUUGGACGACCAUACAAGCGCAUCUGCCGUGGACGUGAGAGUGCGCUAUCCUUGGCCAUGGCUGAUCAAACCAAGAAAAGCACAUUUUCGAAACCUAUUCUCGUACGCGUUGGUACUCUGACCAACAGUCAAGACUUCCACGUCCACGCCGCUCGUCUCGCUGCCUCGUCACCCUACUUCACCGAGCUUCUAGACAAGCAAUCCCAAGACGAUAUACCUCUCGAGCUACCAGAAGAUGACCCUAUAGUCUUCCAGCUAUACGCCCAUUACAUAUACGACAAGAAGAGCAUAACAUCCUUGGACCUAGCUGCCUCCAACACAGCUCUGGACUCACGAUCUGCUGCUUACGACACAUAUAUCGAUUUACUCCAAGCAUACAUUUUUGGCGAGAAGGUCCAAAACUCGGAUUUCCAGAAUGAAGUCAUGAACCGCAUUCUGCAGUGCAUCGGCGACAUGCACAACGGCAAAUCACCAAAACCAUCUGCGCUCACCGCAAACAAGGAUGAAUUACCCUCAGCAUCUUCGUCGGAGAAUAUUGUACGGCCGCUCAUCGAACUGCUGUAUCCGUCACUGCCACCUGAUUCCAUUGGACGAGGCUUGGUGGUUGAGACAUUUAUCGUUCUUUGGAGCCACUCGGACGUGCUGCAAAACUUUGUGCCGGAUGUCAGUAGGGAGCUGCUGACAGAAAUUGCCGAGAUGCUGUUGAGUGGAGACAAGGAUCAUAUCCGCGAUGCUUGGGCUCAGGCCAUCGAUGGCGAUUACUCGUACUAUCACUCUGCCAGGUCUGAUGAGCACUAG